AGUUUUCCCAGAAUCAUCAUACGAAGUUUGGUUUGGUCUUCUCUUCUUCAAACUGACAACUGCCAGUGCAUCAGCUCCGAAAAUCCACAACAAUUUGGCGUCACGAACAGGAUUUCAACACAACAAAGACGUGGUAAGUGCAUAAUUUUAUUUUAUUAUUGUGCCUUACCAUGUCUGCGUUUGACGAAAUCACAAAGAAACUGUGCAUCACUUUCACUUUAAAGGUGGUCACAGAGUGAACAAAAAAAAAAAAAAAAGCAAAAAGCUGAUGGUUAAAGAAUCUAAACACAUGAAAAUGUGUUGAAACUGUGCAGUGAUAAGCAGGUGCAAAGCAUGUGGUUGUGAAGAGGUAAAAAAAGGCAGAGUUGAGUGAGUCUUAACUCCUGCAGUGCCACAAAAGUGGCUGGGAUUUCUGGGCUAGCUUCGGGCUACGUCCGGCACAGGGGGACCCACCUGAGGUUUAAACUAUAGAAAAGACGUUUUCGGGGUAGGAUUUGGCCUAUUUCGUUUAAGCCAAGAUCGGGGAUCAUCCACUCUGUGUCCUGUGAGAAAUGUUUUCAGACUUGGGAUUCUAAGUCCUAGAGUCGGGCGCCGGUAAAAAUUUUUUCAAACAAUAAACAGUGUACACAAGACGAAGAGUUGCUUCGUCGGUUUGGCUUCAGAUCACUGCUAUUGCACCAGGAAGAGAGGUGUAAAAAAAGAACUUCGGUGAUGCUGGGAAAGUUUUGAUGUGUCUGUUUUGUGUUUGAUGUGUUUGUUUGUGUGAUGUUUUUAAUGUAAAUGUGUUAAAAUGGGCAACAACACGUCUAAAGCAGUGAGUAGAACACAAUCUACUACAAAAUUAAUUCAUUCACCAAAACACAAGAGAAAGAACAAAUCUGUUUCAGUAGGAAACAAACGCACCAAUUCAGAAGUAAAAGGUCAAUCUGCCAUUGAUAAGCUUCCCGAAGCAAACCCCCACACACUCACAGAUGCACAAUAUAGAGCGAUGUUUUCUCCACAAUCUCCGGCGGGAGUUGUUGGUAGAUUGAAAGGAUGGACUUUUGUGUUUCCAUUUUCUUCCCUUAUGAAUCAGUGGACAGAUGGCGAAUGGCCAUACGAAGGAGCGUUUGAUAGAGAUAAGCUUCAGAUUGCUGAGUACAAUGUUAACCCAGAUUUUGGAAAUCCAUCUUGGGAUAGUGCGUAUAUGAAAGAUUGUGUAAAUGUGUGGUUAACUGUUGCUCGUCAGAGGUGUGGAGUGAGUCUGGAUGAAAAAAGAGUUGAUCGUUUUUCUGAUGAGUUCAGAGCAGCAGUGGAGAACUGUGUUAAAUGUGUGACAGCAUGUCACUUGCCUAUGUUGGAAGCAGAGUUGCAAACCAGAGCUACAGAAAUGAUGAAAAUUAAACAGAGGCAUGGUGAGAAUGUGAAGGCCAUUUCCAAAGCUAUCAUAUACGGUUGGGCAAAACGGCAAACUGAUGCUCCCUCUCCACAAACUUUGUUGACCAUUGUAUCCAAAGCUGGAGUGCCUUUGCAAGAGUCACACACAAACAAAACAAUGAUUUCAAUUUUUCCACAACUUUCACCUUCAAACCCCUUUUCAGCUGCUAACAUGACUGAUCAAACCAUUUCACAACAAGCAAAGACUGACGAUGAAUUUCUCUUACUAGCCGCAGCUGUUGAGGGACAAAGACUACAGACUGAAGUAGAAAAUAGAGAAGAGCAGAUAGCAGCUAGAGAAAGGGAAAGAGACAGUCAGGCUGCUAGAGAAAGGGAAAGAGUUAAACAGGAAAAGAAAGAUAGAGCCGACGAAGAAAAAGCUAGGAAAGCUGCAGAAAAAGAAAAGAAAGCUAAUUUGUCAUUCAAACAGGUAAAAAGCCAGAAAAGAAAGGAAAAGAAAAGACAUUUAGCUGCCGUUGCUGAAGAAACAGAGAUAGACACUCAGGACAGCUCAGGAGAAAGUGAGGUAGAACUUGAGUUACAAGGAGCCAGAGGUAAGGGGGAGGAGUCUGACACAGAUCAUAGUGACGACACAGAACCUGCAGUCAGGCCAAAGAUGACACAGAGACGACCCCACACUGCAAGUAGCAAAACUCAGAGACGAGGUACAACUAGAAUGACACAUUCACAUCUGGAAAGACAUACAAGAUCACAACUAUUGACCUGUGUACAUCCCCAAGGCCAGACUUGUUGCAGACACCAAUACCCAAUUCUGAUUUGAUUUUUUACACUGAUGGUUCAGCUAGCAGACCAUCUGAUAGCACACAUCUAGCUGGCUAUGCAGUAGUUAACGAUUGGGGGGUAGUAGAGGCAAAAGCACUGCCUCCAGGUACCUCUGCUCAAGCAGCAGAACUGUAUGCUCUAACUAGAGCGUGUAUUCUUGCUUCUGGUAAGGUGGCUACUAUUUACACUGACUCAAGAUAUGCAUUUGGCGCUGCUCAUGAUUUUGGCCAGUUAUGGAAGAUGAGAGGUUUUGUGUCAUCUUCUGGAAAACCACUACAGCAUCACACUUUGGUUAAUGACCUGUUAGAUGCUAUUUUGCGCCCAUCUCAGCUUGCAAUCAUCAAAUGUGCUGCUCACACGAAUGGAACUGAUCCUGUUUCACGAGGAAAUGCAAUGGCUGACACUGCAGCCAAACAAGCGGCACUUUCCUCUCCCUCUUUGGUACUUCAAUGUGCCUCCACACAACCUACCAAUCCAAUUCCAGUUCCUUCCGCUAAUGAUGUCGUGACAAUGCAAAAUCACGCUGAUGACAGGGAGCGAAGUCUUUGGUUGCGUAAAGGUUGUAAAGUUGACGCGGAGUCUGGCUUGUGGCUCCACCCUGAUGGUCGACCGGUUUGCCCUCGAGCUCUCCUUCAUGUACUGGCACGUGUGACGCAUGGUCCAGCGCAUGUUGGAAGAGGGGUGAUGAAUGAUGUUAUUCGCUCACAGUGGUUUGCUCCAGGCAUUACUCAAGUUUCACAAACACUUGUGGAUAGUUGUAUGAUAUGUCAACAGACCAGAAAAAAGAAUAGCACAGUGAAACAUGACCACUUAGAACCCCCAUCAGGUCCUUUUGUAAAUAUGCAAAUAGAUUUUGUACAUAUGCCAAGCUCACAAGGCUUCAAAUACUUGCUAGUCAUAACCGACAGGUUCUCGAAGUGGGUAGAAGCUUUUGCAACGAAAAAAGAAGAUGCAAGAACAGUUGUAAAGUGUCUGCUAAAAGAGGUAAUCCCUAGGUACGGAGUGCCGCAGGGAAUAGAUAGCGACAGAGGUCCAGCUUUUGUGUCAAAAAUCACUCAGGGACUGUCAGAAAUCUUAGGAUUUAAGUGGCAGUUACAUGUUCCUUAUCAUCCACAGAGUUCAGGUCAAGUUGAGAGAAUGAAUGCAACUAUCAAAGACAGAUUGACCAAAACAGUCCUAGCCACAGGCCUGAAAUGGCCUGAUGCACUGCCGAUUGUGCUGUACUCCAUUCGGAGUGCACCAAGUGCAACUACAGGACUGAGUCCUCACGAGGUGCUGAUGGGAAGACCAAUGUCCACAGGGACAAGUCCCCCACUGACACCACACAAAGCUACUCUGCUUUGGACGGAUGAGUUCAUGACUGAGUAUGUGAAAAGACUAACAGAGAUUUUGAGAAAGUAUCAUUUACAGGUGGCUGACAGACUCCCCAAACCAUCGGAAGAACCAAUUCAUUCCUUUCGAGAAGGUGACCUGGUAUUAAUCAAAUCUCUGGAAAAAGUGUCUUUGUCUCCUAGGUGGAAAGGUCCAUACCAGGUGCUGCUGACUACUAGGACGGCCCUGAAGGUCGAAGGCAGAGCAGAAUGGAUCCACGCCACAAGGUGCAGACUGGCCCCCCCAACCACUGGCGGAGGAGAGCAGAGCCCUGGCAGGUAACCGGAUGGUUACUCCUUUUUUCUCUCCUGUUUAGUAGGUUCGGGCAGGGGACAGGUCAAGUCGGUCCAAAUGAGAGAGAGACAGGAGUCUCUCUGAUUCCAGGCGAAGGAGAGCGGAAAGGCUUUCCUUCUCAUGACACAGUCGGUGCCAUGAACCCAGUGCCCCAUGGACAGGGGCGCCCUUUGCAGAAUGAUCCAGAAAAUGCAGACCAAGAGCCAGAUCUUGGACAUACGGACAAAUCAAUGAGCCCAUUGGGACUCUACAACACUUUACUUUUUCUCGAGGUAGAUGGCGGUGGUCUACAUAUGAUAAAACCAAAACCUUCUGAAAAUCAAGUGUGUGUUCCCCAACCAUAUACAACCACUGCUAUGGCUGAAGCUCUAGUUUAUGUGCAACCAUGGGCUGGCACCUUAUCCAUAGGGCCAGUCAAGAUUCAGUUACGCAACUGUUCGGCGCCACAACAAAACGAGCAAAGACCUCAGCGUGACUGCUCAACUUAUCUUCCCCCUGUCUUCACUCAUGAGCUACAAAAUGUUUCUUUAUGUUUCAGAGGGAUAGGGAAGGGACAUGAAGACUUAGGACAAAGUAGCUGUAACACUGUGGUAGAUGUCACUCUUAAACAGUCCCCACUGCCUGAGAGAGUGUAUCUAGUUUGUGGUGACAGGGCCUAUCGGUGCGUGCCGUAUGAAGACUCACGCGGUGUCUGUUAUUUGGCGUACUUAAUUCCCCUAAUCAGAGAAGUAGAAUCUACUGAGAUAGCUUCACUGUAUCCACCGUUACACAUAUACAAGAGAGAAAUCUCAUCAACUCAGAAAGUAGCCAGCUUCCUUCUCCCUUGGUAUGGUGUGUAUGUGUCCCAGCAAGAGCUCUCAUCUCUCUCCAAAGUCCUAGAAAAUCAUCUUAAUGCCUCAAGCAGAGCUAUGUUAGCCGAACACAAAGAGUUGCAGGAAGUCAAAACAGUAGCUCUACAGAAUCGCAUGGCUCUUGAUCUCCUGUUAGCGGCUCAAGGAGGAACUUGUAAGCUCAUAGGCUCUGAAUGUUGUUCCUACAUCUCUGAUGCAACUGCUGACGUCAUGGACAUGGCUGGUUUUCGCUUGUUGACACAGCACUGGGUAUCAAAGAAUUGCAUGAUAGUCAUGGUUUUAACCUUGGUGAUUUUUCAGGUGUCUUUGGGUCAUGGGGGUCCGGAUUGGUCAGGUUCCUGACCACUCUUGCUGUUGCUGUCUUCCUUUUCAUCCUCCUCUGCUCAUGUGACUGGAUGAGGCGUUUUCACCCAGGUAUCAUUUCAGAUGAGGAGGAGGAAACUCAAAAUCUGUAGGUUUAAUGUUUCUAAAAGCUUUCUUGGUAUAAAUCACUCACACCGUGCUAAAUUGAAUAGAGUUAUGUUUGUUUGUACUUCAUAAAGUUGAAGAAACAUAUCAUUUUCUAUUUACAGGUGACAUCUUAGAAUAAUUUUUUGAUUCUUUAAUGAUGUGAUUAUUAAUCUUAUGCAUUUUUAGUUUGAGAAAAGUUGUAGAAAUAGAGUAGUGUUAAUGAUUAAUCUCCUAAAUAUCUAGUCAUCUUAUAUGUUUUUCAUUAAUGUGAUUGAAUGUUUAAUUAUUUUUGAAAUGUGUGUUUGAAAAUUGAUGAAAAUGAAGAGGAUCACUCCAGGAGGAUGGAUUCCACAUCACCAUGCAUCGUAUGUGCUAGUAACCUCUCCAUGGUGAUGGCCCUCUACUGUACGCAAAGUGCAUGGGUUGAAGACUUCACUUUGUGAUUGAUUUGUUUUAUUGUUAUGAUGUAAUCAAAUGUUUGUAUGACUCCCCUUUAAGUUGCUAGGAUUUCAUCUAGUAAGAGGCAGGAAGUGUCUUGUCUUAGGUUGUUUGCGCAUGUGACUGGUGACCUCUGUCAAUGACCUCCUUUAACGCUUUGGUGUUCUAGGAGAUCUUCUUUGAGGAUUUGCCUCACUACUGCCCCUGGUGGUUGGAAGACAGAACUCAUGGGUCACAUGACAGUUGUUUUAAAGGGGUACAUAAGAGGGGUUUUUUAUCUAAUUUACUGAUUGUUUGCUUUUAUUGUUAUUGCAUUAUGUGUUUAAAUGAUUAUGUGUUUUGAUGAUUUUACUUUUGAUUUUGUUCAAUGCAAUUGUUGAUUCUUGUAUUACUUUUGUGUGAGAAUUGUUAUCUGUUGUGCGGAUGUUGUUUCUACUCUGUUUGUGCCCUUACAGUCCACCAGUCCAGUCAUAAAUUGGUAAUUUGUAUUGAUCUUUUGAUCAAUAAGAGGGGAUUGUUAUGGAUAUUCCAUAACUGACCAGGACAACAGAAUGUCAAGCUGUACUCCUCUGUUCUCUCAAACAGAAGAUAACACAUGUUGUUUAAUAAACC